CUAUAGCAGCUGCAACUCUUCUGGGAAGGCUUUCCACAAGGAGUGUGUUUAUGGGAAUUUUGACCAUUCUUCCAGAAGCGCAUUUGUGAGGUCACACACUGAUGUUGGACGAGGACUCCGCUCUAAUUCAUAAAGGUGUUCUAUCGGGUUGAGGUCAAGACUCAGUCAUCCAUCCACUGCCAUCCCCAAACUGUUCCCACAAAGUUUGGAGCAUGGAAUUGUUCAGAGUUCCUUUCACUGGAACCAAGGGACCAAGCCCAGCUCAGGGAUGGCCCCUUCCUGUUUCAACAUGACUGUGCACCAGUGCACAAAGCAAAGUCCAUAAAGACAUGGAUGACAAGAGUUUGGUGAUUGAUUACAUUGAUGUUCAAUUGAAAACUGGAUGGAAUCAUCUUUGUCCUGCUAGCAACAUGGAUCUUGGACUUCCAUUUAGUUCUGGCUGUGCUGAAACACACCAGGUUGACCUGAGAGUGAUCGUGAAAGAAGAAGAUAUAAAAGACGAGGACUAUGGUCAUAUGAUUGCAUGUCCAGGUGAAGAGGAAAAUCCCUUUGCAGAGUUUCACUGUAAAGCUGAAGCGGACGUCAAACAGUCACCAAAGUCUACGUACAAUGAACCGCUACGGACAACAGCGGAGCUUGAAGUGAAGAUAGAAGAGGAGGAACAUCAUGAACAUCUGCUGGAAAGUGUAUCAGAACACCCACAUGUAACAGAACAGAAGAUCCAUGGACAGAAUGAUGAACUCAACCUGCAGCUGCAAGAAGGGCUGCACCACUGCACAGUCUGCAGGAAGAGUUUCACGACCCUCACUAAACUUGAGAAACACCAGCAAACCCACCCUCCUGGUGUUAAUCAAUGGCAGAGUAUUGGCAAAAGGCGACAUAAAUGUAUCUACUGUGGAAAAGCUUUUUCAAAAACUUCACAUCUUAAAGCCCAUAUACUAAUACACACGGGAGAGAAGCCUCAUAAAUGUGCCCAGUGUGGAAAACGGUUCUCAGUAGUUUCACAUCUUAAAUCACAUAUUUUAUCUCACACUGGGGAGAGGCCUCAUAAAUGCAUCCAGUGUGAAAAAGCUUUUACACACCUCUCAACUCUUAAAAACCACAUGCUCAUACAUACUGGAGAGAAGCCUCAUAAAUGCGUCCGAUGUGGAAAAGCCUUUUCACUAAUUUCAGAUCUUAAAAACCAUAUACUAAUACACACUGGAGAGAGGCCUCAUAAAUGUGCCCAGUGUGGAAAAUCUUUUACAAACCUCUCAACUCUUAAAACCCACAUGUUCAUACACACUGGAGAGAGGCCUCAUAAAUGUGUCCAGUGUGGAAAUGCGUACACACAAAGUUCAGCUCUCAAAAGCCAUUUACUAAUACACACUGGAGAGAGGCCUUUUGAAUGUGCCCAGUGUGGAAAAGCAUAUACACUCCUCUCAAGUCUUAAAACACACAUACGGACUCACACUGGAGAGAAGCCUCAUAAAUGUGUCCAGUGUGGAAAAGCUUUUUCACAAAGUUCAGCUCUUAAAAGCCACAUACUAAUACACACUGGAGAGAAGCCACAUAUAUGUAUCAAUUGUGGAAAAUCCUUUACACAAAUAUCAGCUCUUAAUUCCCAUUAUCUAAUACACACUGGUGAGAAGCCUCAUAAAUGUGUCCAGUGUAAAAAAGCUUUUCUAAGACUUUCAGGCCUAAGACGUCACAUGCUCACACACACUGGAGAGAAGCCUCAUAAAUGUGCCCAGUGUGGAAAAGCUUUUAUACAAAUGUCAGACUUAACACGCCACAUGCAAACACACACUGGAGAGAAGCCUCAUCAUUGAUCAAAGUGUAAAGACAAAACGUAUAACAAUUUCAAAUUUCUGAUUGUAAACCAACUUGUACAUUACUAUUAAAAAUCAAUAUGUUUUAUACAGUUACCACAGUGCCACCCGCGGUUGUAUAGAGUAACCUGUGGUAACUAUA